AUGGCUUGCUUAGAACUCUCCAAAGAGGUGAAGGUGAAAGGAGAAGAAGAAGAGUGUACUAAUGAUGGAACUGUUGAUUUUUAUGGAAUGCCUGCAAACAGAGCAAAAACUGGAAAAUGGCUAGCUGGAAUUAUGCUUCUAUUGAAUCAAGGUUUAGCUACUCUUGCGUUUUUUGGUGUUGGGGUGAAUUUGGUGUUGUUCCUAACAAGAGUGCUGCAACAAAACAAUGCUGAAGCUGCGAAUAAUGUGAGCAUAUGGACGGGCACUGUCUACAUUUUCUCUCUUCUUGGCGCGUUUCUUAGUGACUCUUACUGGGGAAGAUUCAAAAGUUGUGCCAUUUUUCAAGUCAUCUAUGUAACGGGAUUGGUACUAUUAUCACUGACGACACAACGUUACUUACUCAAACCGGAAGGUUGUGGGGAACGAGAAACUCUAUGUGGGGUGCAUUCAAACAUGGAGAUCAGUCUAUUCUAUGUCUCUGUGUACAUGAUUGCUCUCGGAUACGGAGGCUACCAACCUAACAUUGCUACCUUUGGAGCUGAUCAGUUCGAUGCACGUGAUCCUAGGGAGAAACAAUCAAAACUAGCCUUCUUCAGCUACUUCUACCUAUUCUUGAACCUUGGUUCGCUUUUCUCUAACACUGUUUUAGACUACUUUGAGGAUGAAGGCAAGUGGGCUCUUGGUUUCUGGGCGUCUGCUGCGUCUGCCUUUGCUGGAUUGGUUCUCUUUCUUGGAGGCACCGCGAAGUAUAGACAUUUCAGGUCUAGUGGCAAUCCUAUAAUCAGGUUUUCUCAGGUUAUAGUCGCUGCAUCGAAGAAAUGGAGUGUAGAGACACCAGAGAAUGAAGACGAGUUAUAUGAAGGCGAUGAUGAGAGCGGUAGAAAAAUGCUACAUACUCAUGGUUUCAGAUUCUUGGAUAGAGCGGCCCUGAUGACAUCCAAAGAACAGGACAAUGAGAAGCAGAGUAAUCGCAACCAAUGGCGCCUCUGCCCUGUUUCACAAGUUGAAGAGGUUAAAUGCAUUUUGAGGCUGUUGCCAAUUUGGCUAUGUACUAUAGUUUACUCGGUAGUGUUUACUCAAAUGGCGUCAAUCUUUGUUGAGCAAGGAGACGCCAUGAAAACUACCAUCGGAAACUUCAGGAUUCCUGCUGCUAGUAUGUCUACCUUUGACAUCAUGAGUGUAGCAGUUUUCAUAUUCCUGUAUCGUCGAGUCCUUGAUCCUAUAGUCAAAAACAUUAAAAAGAUCAAGGGAGAGGGUCAAGGGAUAACUCAACUUCAACGAAUGGGUAUCGGACUAGUCAUAGCUGUGAUGGCGAUGCUUUCAGCAGCAAUUGUGGAGUGCUACAGGCUCAAGUACGCGAAAAAAGAGUGUACACAUUGUGAAGGCUCAAGCUCUCUGAGUAUCUUUUGGCAGGUUCCUCAAUACUCUUUGAUAGGAGCUUCAGAAGUGUUCAUGUACGUAGGACAACUGGAGUUUUUCAACGAGCAAGCACCGGAUGGUCUCAAGAGCUUCGGAAGUGCAUUGUGUAUGACAUCGAUAUCACUAGGAAACUACGUGAGUAGCUUACUCGUGAGCGUUGUGAUGAAAAUUUCUACAACUGAUAACAUGUCUGGAUGGAUCCCAAGUAACCUCAAUGAAGGUCACUUAGACAGGUUUUACUUUCUUUUAGCUGGCUUGACAAUCUUAGAUUUAGUUGCUUUCAUAGCCUGUGCCAAGUGGUAUAAGGGUAUAAAGCAUGGUGGUGAAAUGAUUCAACAAGUAAAGGAAGAAGAUAAAUGUGAAGUUUAAUGCAACUUUCUCAUACUUUUUUAGGCAUUUUUGCCACAACAAAUAAACAAGAGGAUGAACUAUAUCUCCUCAACUUUUGUACAGAUUUACUUUUUAAGACAAGUUAUCGUUAUUCUACUUA